GCCCCAUUACCCGCCCCUUUUCCCUCCCCUUUACCACCCCUUGGCAUUUCCCUGCAGGGACAGUGUCAACCGCGGCGGCCAUGGCCAUGGCACAGGGGACAUUGGGGACAUCGGAGCCAGCGGUACUGGUGCCUGGUGUCCCUGUGGAUUGCAGUGGUGAUGACGCUCAUGCAGUGGGACGGGGCCCACUGGCUGUUUUGCGCCAGGUCGCGGCCACCUGUGCCUUCCCGGAUCUGCUGGGCAGCCCCGCUGUGCCCGAGAGUGCCCAGCGCCGGGCACGGCGCAUCCUGCAGGAGAUGGAUGCCGGCAACAUUGGAGGCUACAACCACGAGCACCGGGCGCUGGGGGUCCCUACCAGGGUUGCCCGUUUCCUUGAGCGCCGCGACGGCGGUGUCCCUUGCCACCCUCGCAACAUCAUCCUCUGCAAUGGCACUGCUAGCAUCCUCCCGUUUGUUUUGUCACUGGUAGUGGAUGAGAGGGCGGCGCAGCCGACGGGCGUGCUGGUGCCGGUGCCGGGCCCCCCGCUGCAUGCAGCGGCAGCGGGGCUGGCGGGGGCCGUGGCCGUGCCGUACCCGCUGGCCGAGGAGCAGGGCUGGGCUGUGGCUGGCGAGGCGCUGCGGCAGGUGCUGCGGCAGGCACGGGUGAGAUGCCACCCCAAGGUGCUCUGCAUCGUCAACCCCGGAGACCCCACGGGGCAUGUGCUGAGCCGGCAGAGCAUGGAGGACAUCAUCCGGCUGGUGGCUGAGGAACACCUGCUGCUGCUGGCAGAUGAGGUACAGCAGGAACGAGCCUUCCUCCCUGGCUGCCCCUUCCUCUCCUUCAAGCGGGUGCUGUGGGAGAUGGGUGCCCCGCUCGCCUCCACCGUCCAGCUUGUCUCAUUCUACUCCCUCUCCAAAAGCGUGGCAGGCGAGAGUGGUUUCCGUGUGGGGUUCCUGGAGCUGGUCAACAUUGAGGAGGGAAUCACACUGCCCUUCCAGCUGGCACAGUCCAUCCCCCGGCCCUGUGUCCUGGGGCGGAUCCUGCUUGACCUCCUCAUGGACCCGCCAGAUGAGGGGGAUCCCAUACAGAAGGCCCUGGAGGAGCAGAGGCAGGGGCUGCGCCGGGACCUGGCCCACAACGCCCGGCGGGUGCAGGAGGUGCUGGGCCGGGCCCCCGGCAUCUGCUGCCAGCCCGUGCAGGGCGGCGCCCGCGCCUUCCCCCGCAUCCAGCUCCCGCCCCGCGCCCUGCAGCAGGCCCGGGUGCUGGGCCUGGAGCCCGACGUCUUCUUCUGCCAGGAGCUGCGGGAGGCGACGGGGGUGGUGCUGGCCCCAGGGAGCGAGUUUGGGCAGCCAGAGGGCACCUACCACGUCGGGCUGUCACUGCUGCCACCAGCUGAGACACUGGAGCCAGUGUUGCUCGCCCUCACCCGCUUCCACACCGCCUUCCUGCGCCACUUCUCCUGAUGCCGACUCCCUGCUGGAAUCCAUCCCCUCCAGUGCCGCAGCCUCCUGGGGGGCUGCAGGGUUGUGGGGGGACCCCACGCGUGGCCAUGCAGCACCUGUGCUGGUGUGAACCCAAGGAAAGGCACAAGCGGUGGAUGGGAU